AUGUCGAAUCUCUCCAUCCUCCGAACGUACGCUACGAAGGCAGCCUCUGAAUUUCCGAACUCUAUUCUGUUCGCCCACACCGAGAGAACGCUCACCAUCUAUGAUGCAUAUCCCAAGGCUAUAUUCCACUUCCUAAUCCUUCCUCGCAUUCGAACCGAGUCGGACCUCACUCUGAAUGAGCUUAAUAGCCUCAAAACGUUACUUGCAUGCGAUCAGACGCGUGCAAAGGAAGUCAUUACCUCUCUGAAGGAUGUCGCUGACACAGUCAAGAAGGAUAUCGAGUCAGAAAUGAUGAAACGCUAUGGGUUCAAAUGGCCAAUAUGGACCGGCUUUCAUGCGAGUCCCUCCAUGCAACAUCUACAUCUUCACGUUGUUUCUGGUGAUCUUUGCUCUACGAAACUGAAAAACAAGAAACACUAUAAUUCUUUCCAUCCCAAGCUUGGUUUCUUUCUACAUCUCGACGAUGUGUUGUCAUGGUUUGACAGCGAGCCCUCGUAUUUCACCCAGAUGGCGAAGCUUGACGAGAAGACAUACGAAAAAUUACUCAAGGAGGACCUGUCUUGUCUUCACUGCGGAAAGUCAAUGAAAAAUAUACCAACCCUUAAGGAGCAUCUCCAACAGGAAUGGGAAUCAGAUGUAGCACGUCACAGGGCUCAACAAGACCGGAAGCGUAGGUUGGGAGAGACAAGAUCUAGUGAAGAAUCCGAUAACCACCAAGAUAAGAAGCAAAAAUCCUAA